AUGUUUCUUUAUCAGAGAUUAGGGCUGUCAUCUUAUCCCGUCUACCAUUCUGUAUAUGAGAACUUUUACUACGUGAAGAACUUCUUGGAUUGGAAUUUUUGGCGUCACCAAGCCAUGGCAAGAGUUUAUCUUGAACUAUCGCGAGAUCUCGCGGACUCCUUGAUUCUUCCAUUCGGCUGCGUAGACUAUGCCGCUAAACUACAACAAGCUGCACAAGGCUUGGAGAGCAAUUUCGGCGAAAAGAUGGCACAAAAUGGUAUCGAUUUUGAUUACAUGGAAUCGGCUCUAGAUAAUUUCACAGGAGCAGCACAGCAUUUCGAAAUGCGACUAACUGAUAUAAAUGUAAACGACCCUUAUGCAGUAAGACGUGUUAAUGAUCAGAUGAUGCAACUUGAACGAGCUUUCAUUGACCCUGUUGGGCUUCCAGGAAGAAAAUGGUUGAGGCAUUUAAUAUUUGCACCUAGCAGCGUUGAUUCCUAUGCUGGUGAUGAGUUUCCUGCCGUAGUCGAUGCUUUAUAUCUUAUCGACGAUGACCCCGAUCAAGAGACUCGAUGGAAUAACGUUAGAAAACAACUAGCCAUCUUAACAUUCACCAUCCAAUCAGCGGCCAGUACGCUCAAUGACGUCACCCAACUUUAACUCGACCGCCUCAUGAUAUCCAAUCACUGGCCAGUAUGCUGAAUUACGUCACAUAACUUUAACUCUUGAUAUCCAUCAGCAUCCAGUAUGCUCAAUGAUAACUUUUCCCUCUUCGCGAUCCAAACCCGGGUUGGAGCUGCAAUCCCUGGAAGUUUGAUAUAACUAUAAUAUUUGGGCAACCGCAACCUUGAAUAUCGAGAUGUACUAUUAGCGAUAUUUAUAUCUUAUGACGAAUAGUUUUGACAAAAUUGCAUCGUCAAUACAAUAAAGUGUAGUAAAUAUUCUUUGCUCGCUUUCCUCACUGGCAAUAUUUGAAAACUUGACAUUUUAUAUUCAGGUAAGAUAUAUCAGCCCCUGGCAAAAUACUUUCCCUGUACGCCGCCUAUGUUUGUACAAAAAGACAUGAUUAUAUCUAAUGAUACUACUUUUACUACUAUUAUUAUAAUUAUAAACCGUACUUAAAGAGCGCACUAUUACAGAUAUGUCCUCAUUUUGGUGUAAACAUAUUUAACAGGGGGAAAUACAUUCUUUGGUCACUGCACUUAAUAUAGGGCCUACGUGCAAACGUUUAGACUUGUCGCCAUUGGACUCUAUCAACCAUGCUAAACUCGAAGAAAAAAAUAGGUCAGAUCUUGUUCUGAUUACAAACAAAUAUGAUUUCGAAAAUCUGGAUUUCUAUUGAUUGUCCCAAUGUAAACAUGUUACAAUGGUUGUUUUUUGUAAUUCAGGUGGACCCGUUCUUUUGUGUCGUUUUCUUUUACUGUGACCUCGCUUAGGAAUGUAUAACGCCAAUCAACUACCAAGCCUUUAGUCGAACUGUAUUAUUGUUGGGUUGAUUCCUUUCUGUUUUAUAUGAGAGGAUUCAUUUGUAAAUUCCAUUUAUUAGGAUCGAGAAACCAUUCAUCAUAAUUGAGAAAAACAACACCUAACUUGGGGUUGUCAAUUGGGAAAAUCCAUAUGCAGUGGACGAGGUGUGUGCUUUUCAGAGCAUCAUUUUGUUUAAGUUUUAAAUGAUAUAUUAUGAUUUAUUAAACUGUUAACAUGCAACCUGAUUUAUUCCUAUUUGUCUUAUGGUGUUUCAUAGCAGUCAUGUAGUAAACAAUAAAGCAAUAUCAGUAUA